AUACUGUCCUUUACGUAUCGUCAGAAUGUAAGUGGAUCAGGAAAGGAGUUGGGAAAGGCAUACAUCAACUUUGCCAGGAACUCUAUGGACCAGAUCAGACAAAAAGUUAAUGAUGAGCUCUGGAUUCUCAACCUGUUUGAGACAAGGACUGGAGGAUAAUAUCUCGUGAGGAGGUUGGUCUCUGCAUAGUUCGGGUCAUUGAAGAAACUGCCGUGUGUUCUCUUGACGCGGCCAGGUCAGAUGGCUUCACCCUGCUCCACCUGGCUGCCCAGCAAGGCUACCCGAACAUGAUGCAUCGGCUUCUGUCCCUGAAGGUACGACAUUGUGCAGCGGUUCCUCGAGUACAGCCUGGUCCGCAAGGUGCAUUGCAAGGCGACAAACGGCGAAACACUCCUGCAAUUUUACACCGAACGGAACAACUUGGGGCAGUACGACAACGCAGUGGUGUGCGUGCUGGAGUGCGAGAAGCUCCUGCACUCAACCAAGCCUAGCGCGGAGAUGUGUCUUCGCGUGCAACUGGGAACGACAGAGGCCAGUUCGAAGGCCCGCGCUCAGCUGCAGGCCAUGUACGAGUCGACGAGAGCACAACGCCACUGCUGGAAUUUUUGGUUCUUUCUCUCUUGUUUUCUGCUUCCGUCGGUUUUUUACUACCUAGACGUGUACACCGACAUUCUGCUGGCGGUGGAGUACCAUCAAGAUUACCUGAAGAGCAUCAAUGACUCCGAUGUGGUGGGGACGAGGAACAUGACGAGUGCUAAUCAUUCCCUGUCCGAGGAGAUGGUGGUGCUGGUGGAUGGCGAGGAGGAGGUGGACUCAAAAUCGUACAACAGCUUCCCCCCCCACGGGCCUACCAAGACCUACCGGCACCACAUGAGGGACAUGGAGAUCAGAAAAUAUUAUGACCUUAAGCAUGUCGUGCAGAUGAGGGUCGCAAUCACCAACGUCAUGGAGGCCACACUCGAGUCGGCCUUUCAGUUAAUUCUGCAGCUGUAUAUCGUUGGGACGCAUUACACUGAGUUGGACCAGGUUAAGGACGUGACACUGGGCAGCAUCCUGUCUUUGUCACCACUGGGCCACAACACACAGCUCUCCAAACCGGUGUUCUCUGUCCUCAUCUCCCUUGUGUCCCUCACCUGGUCCUUCACAUCCUACCACAGGUUCUCCAAACUCGGAGGGCUGACUAUUUUAAAUGCACUGCCCCUCCUGUUCGCAAUAUUCUUCCAGCUGGUGUCCUGCGCCAUCGCCUGUACGGUGUUCACCCUGGCACACACGUGGAAGGUGUUUGUGGUGUUGGGUGUACACUUUGUGGUGGUGCUGGUGUUUAAACUCAAGCUGGAGGAGAGUUCAGUGUUGCCAGUACGCACACCGUUUUACUGUUGCCAGUGUUUUUUCAUGUACCUGCGUCCAUAUUUCUACGUUUUCCUUGGCACCAUUGCUUCUACGCUGGUGUACUUCAGGCCCUCGGCUGUCAAAAAGCAGAGGGCGCGUCGUCAUUCAACCGUAGUGAUACAGGUGUUGUUUUUAGUCCUAGCCUUCAUCGAGAACCUAGUGAUGCUUGCCUUGGGGAUCUGCUGGCUGGACGACAAACUUUCAUCAUACGACACUUUCAAAUACGACACUUUCAUCAUAAUUUCUGCUGUCCUGUGUGCCAUCAGCUACCUUACUGGCAUUAUACUACAUGCUGUGUACUAUAGCUGCUUCGGCCAUCCAUGGGUGGACAUCAACAGACCAUCAGUGCACCGGGACGCAGACGAGGGGACCCUGGUAUUAUCAUAUUACCAGCAAGGCAAGGGAAAGCUGGAAGAUGGCACAGAAUUCGACAGCAGUUACCCUCGAGGACAACCCCUGACCUUCACGCUGGGGUCAGGUCAGGUCAUCUGAGGCUGGGACCAGGGACUGAUUGGGAUGUGCGAGGGGGAGAAGAGGAAGCUUGUCAUCCCCUCGGACCUCGGCUAUGGAGCUUCAGGGGCGCCUCCAAAGAUACCUCCCCACGCCACGCUGGUCUUCCAGGUGGAACUUGUCAAGAUAGAGAGGAAAGAGGAGCUUUGAGGCUAAUCUAGGGUGCGUGCAGGUGUGUGCGGGUGUGUGUGGGUGUCUGGUGGAGUGUGUGUGUCUGUGUGUCUGUCUGUGUGUGAUUUUUCCUUUCUGUAGAGAUAAAUGGUAUCUGUGUGUGUUUGUGUGUGUCUGUGGAGUUUUAAGGGUGUCUAGAGAGUACUUAAAGGCUCCCUCACCCUUAACAAGUCUAGGGGUGUGUGUGUGUGUGUGUGUGUUUAUGGCUGGGAGAGGUCUUCAGUGUGUGUGUGUGUGUGUUUGUCUGUAAGGGUGACCAGCAUAGCAAGAGACUGCAAGGGUGUUGGAGAAUGGUCAGGAAAAAUUUUAAGGAUGUU